GCAAUUGGCUGUCGCCUGUGGUGUGCAUUGAAACCUCCGAUGGCCGGGUUGUCACUGCAGGUGACCCAAAGAUCAACUUGAAAAGCAUGGAGUCCUACUCAGGUGAAGAAUUCGUUCGCAUCAUCAUGUCGCACAAGCACCUCAAGGCGAGAAAUCCUGUGCUGGUGUCAGAAGUCCGGAAACAAACAAAUGGGCGAUGGGAGGAGGUGUCCAAGGGCUUUGUUUUGCCGCGGAAGUGGCGGAUGGACGUGCCGGAGGCAGCAGCAGGAGAAUUGAAAUCUGAAGCCUCGAUCACUCGGCUGCAGCGAGCAAUGGAACAGGUGCUCCAGGCUGAGGGGAUUGAGUCCUGGUGGCGACAGGUGGAGCACUUGGAAACCGCCGCAGAGGACACAGAACGCCGCUCCGCCGAGGCGCAAGAACGACGUGCAUUGGAGUUGUGGAUGCCUCCCCCAGCCAAGCAACCUUUACCUGCUCAAGGAUUGGUAGAGGCCCUGGAGUCGCGCUGGAGCAGCUUGGAUGAGGAUGAACUCUGUGACACGCGGGCAGCGCUGCUGUACCAUUUGGCUGGCACGCCCAACUUGACAGAGGCUUUGAUCGAUACUCUUUGGGACCUCUUCAAGCUUUGCAAGCAGCCGCGUCCCCUUGGACACGUGCUGCUGGACGCGGCCCAGCGCCUGCUGCGGCGGCGGCCCAUGGCCGCGGAGCGGCCGCUGGAUGCGUUCACGGAGGCAAGGUGGAGGAAACUGAUCCAGCUGGCUGCGGCGGGCCGUUUUUGUCCCAAAGUGGUGGCGAAGGCCUCGAAGCAGCUGAGUUUGGAAGCCUCUGUGGAAGGUGGUCGGAAGCAGCUUCUGGAGGACUUGAUGUUCACCUUCCAGGACUUCCGCUUCCCGGAGCCGCCCCGGGACUGCACCCAGCGCGAGGCCACUCUCACAGGUGCUGUGCAGCUCUGCACCCAGAGACUGCAGCAGUUGUUGCGACGCCGAAGUCAUGUGACAUGCGAGGACGAGCUGAAGCCUUGCGACGAGGACUGUCUCGCGCUGUGCUGCUUGCAGCGUUUCGCCUGCACCACCAGCUGCUGUUUGCAGCUAUGCGGCUGUGAUGCCAGGUGUUGCUGCCAGUGCAGCUGCGAUUGGCUUCUUCGAGAGGAGGAGGUGCGUCCCCUCUUCGCCUGGUGCGUGCAGCACGGUGAGCUGGCCGCGGCGCGCAGCCUGUGCCGGCCCGAGCUCUGCGGCACUGUGGGGGCGGAGAUGGAAGCGCAGCUGGCUGAGUUGCUGGAGGCCAGUGGUAUCUCCUUGGGCCGUCGCCAGCGGCGGAAGGUGGGCGAAGCGAAGGCCGAGAAGACGCCGAAGGUAGAGAUGGGCUGUUUGGAGCCGCUGCAGCUGCUGCCGGAGGUGCAGGUCAUCCAGGUCACGCAUGGGCCUUUGGAGGAUAUUUUUGUCCGGGCGAAGCUUGAGGGUGGAGUGGUGGCAGUGGAUGCUGAAUGGAAGCCCUUUCAAGCAGGUGAGGCACCUACACCGGUGGAGCUUUUGCAACUUGCUGUGCCCUCCUGCUGCUGGUUAUUGGAUCUCCGACAGCUGCCUGCCAUGCAGAUCUCCCAGCUGCUGCGGCGCUUGUGCGAUGAAUGUAUCUUAUUGGGCUUCGGGCUUUGCGGUGAUUUGGCGCGGCUCCGUGACCUGUGUGGACACGUGGAGCCCAAAACGUGUAUCGAUCUGCAAGAAGACCUGCGGAGCGGCGGAGGUUUGACGUUGGACCUUCGCUUCAGUGAAGCCGCCACGGAGGCCGCGUACUGCCGCCACCGCGCCGCGGACCCGGCGAACGCGUGGCCCAUGCUGCUGGUGCUGCUGCAGGGCGUCUCACAGGUCACCGCAGUGGUUUACAUUAUUUUUGGCGACACUUUUCCACAGCGAUCGUCUCAUAUCCUGUACUUCUCCCUGCAGUGCGUGGCAGCCCUUGCGUUGGUCCUACUCAGCGUGGUAUGUUUCUUCAAGUUUGGAGGAAUCUCCUGGAGUUCUGAGUCCCUAUGUGCUGGCGUCCUGGCACUCAGUGCUGUGGCGGGCGCCUUCCAACAGAGACUUACGCGCAGUUGGCUGGGCAUUGCCACCACCACCAUCUGCGAUGCACCUAUCGAGCUGGAAAUCUCGGUAUGUCUUCUCUCCCUUUUUAUGGCCAUCUACUGUCAUGUGCUUCCCAUGAGAUGUUGUUACUUGGCUCCACUGGUGGUCUUAUCCUCCGUCUCUCUGGUGCUCCAACCUUUCGGCGCCAGCUGCGGGUCCUUAGGCGCCCUCCAACCGCUGUGGGCGUUCCGGAUGCUGCUGCCGCCGGCCUUGCUGUUGUCCUCCUACCGUGCGGCGCAUCGCUGCGAGAAAAUGGAUCGCGAAAACUGGCUUUCAAGUCGCGAGCAAGAGCGGCACUUAAGGGAGAGCUUGGCACAUAAGGAACUUGCGAAAGCUGUCUUAGAUAGAGACCUCAAGAUCUUGAGAUCUUAUGGCUGUACUAUGGCCUUUGGCCUUUCGCAAGAUUUUCGGAUUUGCUGCGGCUCCAUCAGGACGGGCGAAGACUUCUUCCAGACGGACCUAAUGGGGCGAAGCAUCUUCAACCUCAUGAUGUCUGACACCACCGCCCUGACCAGGCUGUGCGUGGAUAGUCAGGGAAGUCGGAUGCCCCGCGCCUUGCAAGUCACACUGCUGGCGGGGCAGGAACUGAAACCUGCAUUGCUCAUUCUUCUACACCAUGGAAGAGCUGGAAAGGAGUACCUGCUGGGCAUCAAGCUGCAUGCGGAAGUACAAAGAGAAACCGACCGGGAAGGGGCUGACGACUCGCCGGGCUCGCUGCAUCCCUUCGCUCCGCACUUCUCAGAGCAGCCUCACGCCACGCUGAGCAGUUCUGGCGACAGCGUUGCGGUUUCCCCUUCUGACAGCCUGUGCUACACCGUUUCGCUGGACAUGGCCGUUGACCGCGGCACCCAGAUGGGACCUUCCGGCGGCCGCGACGGCCCCGUCCCUUGCAGCAGCAAAGACAAAUGCGUCGGGACCGCCAUCGUUUGGUCGAAGGGCGAAACGGGCGGCGAAACGGGGGCCUUUCGCUGCCGGAACUGCAGCAAGCCGCCGAGGCUCCAGGCAGAGGUGAUCAAGAGAGAGGAGGACGCCUUGAGCGCCCUGGCGGGUCUUUGGGAUGUUCAACCCCAAUUCCGCGACAUCUCGCAGCCUUUCAUACAGCGCCUCUACAUCCAGCCAGAUGGUACGUGCAUCGACGCCCUAGGACAACAGCGACGCCUCGAGUAUGAUGCCAAUGGGGAGGUUCUCUUGCUCAAAGGACGUCUUUGGAUGAGUGGCGACACCCUCUUCCGGGAAGGAAGGUCUGGCAUCAUCACGGGUUUCGAUCGCGCGUUGGAGCACUCCUUGUUGGUGGCCGAUUACGACGAGGAGGAAGAGGAGGAAGAAGAACUGGCAGAAGAGGAUCAGGAGGCAGACAGCUUGCACAUUCUGGGAAACAUGGUGUCAGGUCUCAGUGAUCUGAUCGCUCAACACUUGGGGCGAGAGCUGUUGAAGGAGCAGCAGUGCUCAGAUUGGUCGUGCAGACCCUGGUCUCCAGAGCAACUUCGUUACGCCGCCCUGGAUGCCCAUGCGCUGCUGUCCCUGCUAGCUUCCAAACUGGAAGCUACACCGUCCUCGCAUCAGGAGCUGUCGCGCUGUUUUCUGAAGCACCAAGAGCUGCUCUACGACGCCGCGAAACCGCGCUUUGUGGCCUUGGGCCCUGAGGCGGUGGAUGAUGCCUUACGCGCCCUGCAGUUGCCGAUCAGAGAGGUGGUGGGUGCAGUGCCUGCCGGUGUAAUGCACUGCAAGACACUUGGUUUGGUGACAACCGGCUCCAUCAAGGAGGAUGAAAAACAGCUCCUUGCUGUGGCCGUAUUGAGUGUUGGCUCCCAGCUCUCCUUGACCAAGACGGCCAAGGCCUUGGGCUGGUCGCAGGUCCGCUUGGCCAAGCGCCGGGACCUGCCGGCGCUCUUUGGCUUCGAGGUUGGUGGAAUGGGCCCCUUGGGGCUCCGCACAGCUUGCCCCUUGCUGCUGGAUGAGACGAUGUCAGAGGCGGAGGAGUUGUUGGUGGGUGGUGGAGCGCCCAAUCGCGAUGUGUUCGUGCCACAGGAAGCAGAAUGGCUCCUGGAUGGUAACUUCCGCGCCAACGAUGAGGUUUGCAGUUCCCUACGCCUUGCGUGGGACUGCGCCGUUCGCCUGGAAGCGCAGCUGGGGGAGGCGGAUCGGCCCUGGGAGCAACGCAACCGAUGGCUGCAGGACUUGUCGGCAGAGCGCGGGCUCCUGGAACAGCAGAAACAGGACCUGGAAGCAGUGCUGUUAACUGCCAAGCUCCAGGUUCAAACCGCUUGCGCUUCUGCCACGGGCUUUCAAGCCUCCCGCUUCGCUGAGGUCUUAGAGGCAAACGUCGCCUUUCGCCAGCGAUGCGAUGAGCUCGGGAACCAGUUGGAGGCGGUUGUGCACUCCGCGCGUCGCAGCCUGCGACUGUUGGGUGAACGGCCUGAUGUGCGACCGGAAUCAGAGGCUGCUGGCAUGGCACGCCGCUGGCGCUUGGAAUUUGAUGCUGCCAGCGAUGUGGCAGAAGCCAUGUUGAGAUCCCUUAGGCAUCCAGAAGCUGCUUCUGGUGUUGCUUCUAGCUCUCUGGAGCACGCUUUGGACCAGACCUGGCGCUUCUUGUUGGAACUCGUGGGUCUCUUUGAGCGCCUGGACGCCGAGGAGGCGGAGGCCGAGGCGGACACUUUGAGGGAGCGCUUGGAAGCAGUAUUGCCACAACUCUUGGAAUGCAAGUUGCAGGUGCAAGACUCUGCUGCCAAGCAGCAGCCCCUGGAGGUUCAGAGCUGCAUGGAGGCUUUGACACAAGCACGUAGCUGUCAACAGAUGGCCUGGAAAUAUUUGACAUCCAACAGCAUCGACCUGAGCCACGUGGUGCCAACGAAGUUCGCCGAGGAGAUGCUACCGCACCCCGCGGCUUUCGGCCCAGCAGCCGGUCCCCUGGGAGAGGGGGAGGAUUUCCCUCCGGUGCUGCGGCUGCUGACCUACAACCUGUUUUUGAGGGCGCCAGCUCCGCAGUUUACACACAACAACGAGGAUGAUCGCAAGGAUGAGCGUCUUUGCCGAUUUGUGGAGCACUUGGCCAGGUAUGAUCUCAUCUGUUUGCAGGAAGUUUUCGGCGCGUUUUCACAGAGGCGAGAUUGGCUCAUCAAUGUAGCCAAACGCUUUGGCCUGAAGGACUCUCAUAGAUCCUCUACCUCUGUGCGCCCACGUUUUAUCGUGGAUGGUGGGCUUUUGAUUCUCUCCCGCCUUCCAAUUGUUUUCAAGUCCUCACUGACUUUUGAACCGGGAAUGCAUCUGGAUCGAUUUUCGGCGAAAGGUGCCCUUUACGCCAAGGUCCAGUGCGGCCCCACAGGGCCCUUUCUGCACGUUUGCACGACCCAUUUACAGAGCACCUAUUCUGAGGAUGCAGCGGCUUCGGCUCAGACAGUUCGACACAAGCAACUUCAAAGUCUCGUGGAGUUUUUGCAGGAACAGACCAACGACCACAUCUCGGACAGCGGCCAGUUUUGUCGUCGCUGGCCCCUGCUGCUGUGUGGCACUCUGAAUUUCAAUGGCCGCAAGGGUCUGAUGGACGGUGGCCAUAGUGCGGAGUACCGGGCGGUGCUGCAGUUGUUCAAGGAACGCCUUGGAGAGGUGCGCGACUUGCUUUACGACGUGACGGGGUGCCAUCCGGUGACCUAUGCGGACACGCGACUGACUGGACAGGGCGAGGUUCCCGUGGAGCGUGUCCUCACCAAUGC